AUGGAUGAAGCGGACGAAAAGUUCAAUGUCCUCGAAUUUGCCUACAAUGCAACAAUGUACGCGGCCGGUAUGCGACAAGAAUGGAAGGAUACAUUAGUCUCGUGUCUAGUCUACAAUUUAAUACUCAUUUUGGCUGUGCUUUUCUUCAGAAAGAUAGCUCAACUUUCUAUGAAACGAGACUACUUCUACGAGAUCAUCGCCGCAUUCUCGUUCGGUGUCUGCCACUACACAGAGGAACUAAUGUUCCGCGCAUUCGGCUACUAUGGAAUGUUCCCGAUGGUUGUAGUCAAUCAAGUGAUAUUCCAGAAGUUGAACCGAAGACACGGAGAGAAUGCGAUGAUUGUCGCUGAGGAAUUCGUGACUGGACGAGUCGGCGAUGAGGAUUGUCUCGCCGUUCUUUCGCUACAAUUCGCCGGAGCACUAUUCUGCUCGUUCUUCUUCAUUGUGACCGCCCAAGACGUUUUCCUGAAAACUAAACCGCUCGGGUGUCUUUUCAAGUACACGAAACCACUGCCGAUCGUCAUGCUCUGCGAUUUCCUCGGUGGUCUCGCGCUUCGUGUGCUUCUCGAACUAUUCCAAGGACGUAUCAUCUCGAUUGCUGUGAUCUACGCGUUCCUCUUCACUAUUGGUCAUGCGGCAAUUGGCGUUCCUGUCGCUCAUCCAGUGCUCAGUGUUGCAAAGGCUCCUGAAUGCUGGACUAUGGUCUACGAGCUUCUCCCGAAUCUUUGCCUACACAUCUUCUCUACACUCUCCGGUUGGUUAUUCUUGCCGUACGCAUGUCAGAUCAAGACUACGUUGAGAUCGAUGUGGGCGCAGAAAUUCGAAAAAGAUGAGGUCAAGAGGAUAGCCAGAGAGAAGACGGAGAAGCAGGAACAGGAUGCGAAGCUCAAAAAGGCUCUGAAAGCCGAACAACAGGCAAUUGACGCAGAGAAUAGGAGGAGAAAUCAGGAGUUAAGAAGCCGAAAUUCGCGGCGGAAAUAG